GAAGCACCGUGAGCGUGUGGGGGAGUUUGGAGUGAAAAAGUUUGUCCUGAAGUUUUGAUCUGGACGGAUCAGUACGUGGGAUCGAUCCCUCCGAUGGUGGAUCGAUAACUUCCAGCUUCCGCCGCAGAAACACCAGAAGAAAACGUCUGUGAUUCCUGCACGCGCACCGACAGGAGCUCCGACACACACCGGGAACACGCUGCGUCUCAAUCCGCCAACAGCAACGCGCCCACCAGCAUGAGGGUCGAGUUCGCCCCGCUGAACGUCCCGCUGCGGAGGAGGCUGCAGACCGCCGCCGUCCUGCAGUGGGUCUUCUCCUUCCUGGCUCUGGCUCAGUGCUGUCUGGCUGCCUUUGUCCUCCUGGCCCUCUCUGAUUGGUGGAUCGUGGCCCUGCUCUAUGCUGGUUGGCUGUGGCUGGACUGGGACACGCCCACCAGUGGGGGACGGCGGUCCCACUGGUUGAGGAGCUGGACCGUGUGGGAGUACUUCAGGGACUACUUCCCCCUGACGCUCGUCAAAACAGCUGAUCUGGAUCCAAAGAAGAACUACAUCUUUGGUUUCCACCCACACGGUGUCCUGGUGGCUGGCGGCUUUGGGAAUUUCUGUACGGAGUCCACGGGGUUCUCUCGUCUGUUUCCUGGUCUGAGGUCUCACCUGCUGAUGCUGCCGUUCUGGUUUCGGGUCCCGUUCUUCAGAGACUACAUCAUGUGUGGAGGUCUGGUGUCCAGCUGCAAGUCCAGUCUGUCCCACCUGGUCAGCCGUCCUGAAGGAGGAAACGUGGCUGUGGUCGCGGUGGGCGGAGCUCCAGAGGCUCUGGACGCGCGACCCGGAGGUUUAACGCUGCAGGUCCAAAACAGGAAAGGCUUCAUCAAAAUGGCUCUGAAACACGGGUGGGUGGAGCUUAUCAGACAGAUAAACACUGGUCUGGAUGGCAGGAGACUGGCUGGAGCCCAGCGGCGACUGAUCUUGGCCCACCGGGACCUGGGCCCCGUCACCGCGGGGGGCUCUGCGCGGGGCCUUCCUCUGUCGCCUUCUGGGUGUCCACAGAACCAGCUGCAGAGCAUCAUGGGAAUAGCAAUGCCUCUGUUUCAUGCCAGAGGAGUCUUCCAGUACAGCUUCGGACUCAUGCCCUACAGGAAGCCCAUCCACACUGUCGUAGGGAAGCCCAUCCCAGUCUCCCAGACUCCCAGUCCCAGCUCGGAGGACAUUGAGGCUCUCCACCGCGUUUACCUGCAGAGUCUGACGGAGCUGUUCGAGCAUCACAAACACACCUACGGCCUGGACGAAGGCCAUCACCUGACCUUCAUAUGAUCGACACGGGUCCACGUAUCACCUGACCUUACAUGAACCAAUGGGGACACAGUUCUCACUCUGUGGCUGAUUCUGAUUGGAUGGAAGAAAAACAACCAGCUGAUGUUUGUUUAGAAUCUACUGAAGGCUGAAUGAGAUGGGAGCAGAUUGUACUGAGAGUAACUGAGCAGCAGAGGGCGCCAUGCUCCCUGUACUUCUCUGUAAAAGUGAUGAGGAUGAUGAUUUGGCUUUAUAUCAUUAAAAAGUUUUUAUUGUGUA